UUCAUUCUACCGCACUUCCUUCAAACGUGUGCCACUUUGCGGCUGCAUCUGACGGCGUUCUCUUCGAAAGCCCAAAGCCGACGACAAUAAAGAAGCAUACAAAGUCACGCCUUCACUUGGAUUAGUUUUGGCAGACAACGACAGGAACUAUACAAACCAGCCUCAGCCUCGACGGCACAGCGUGCGCAUAGCGCUCUUCAAUCGCCGCGGCCAUGUCGAACGAAUACAACUACGAUGCCGAUGCGCAAUUCUUCCCCUACUUCGUCUUGACCAUGACGUCUCUGGUCACCCUCCCUCUCACAUACUCCCUCCUGCGAACACCCACCGACACCUCCGCGCUCGCAAAAGCAGGCCACAUUGACUCGGGAUACAAGCCGGACAAUGAGGAUAUCAUUCUCGCUCAGCGCGCCAAGCAGAAGCGGAAAGAGCUGCGACUCAAGCGUAUGCUCACCGCCGUCACAGGAUGGCUCGUUAUGGCGUACAUGGUCUACCUCGUGCUUGUCACUGCACGUACCGAGACGAAGAUCUGGGACCCGUACAGUAUCCUGAAUAUCGGCAUGUCUGCCACAGAGAAGGAGAUCAACUCGCGCUACAGACGCCUGUCCAUCACUAUGCAUCCUGACAAGCGCCAGCCCAAUCCUGCCCUCAAUGAAACAGAAGCUUCCAUCAACGACGACUGGGUCGAGAUUGUCAAGGCGUACAAAGCUCUGACUGACGAAGAGAUUCGCAACAACUACCAGAUGUACGGCCACCCAGAUGGCAAGCAGAGCGCGAGCUUCGGAAUCGCACUGCCACAAUUCCUUGUUGCUGAGGGAAGUGGAAAGUACAUUCUGGCCAUGUACGGCUUGCUCCUGGGCAUUGGUCUGCCAUGGCUAGUCGGCAAGUGGUGGUACGGGAUGCAAAAGCAGACACGAGAGCGCAUUCUUGUCACCAGCGCUGGAAAUAUGGUGCGUGAAUACAAGGAGCGUAUGGAUGGCGGUGAUGUCGUCUCUGCUAUCAGCACUGCUGUUGAGUUCAGAGACAUCCUGCACGGUACAAAGAGCGAACAGGAUCUGGGCAAGCUUGAAAAUAGACUGCUCUCCAAUCCGGAGGCCGCGCUCCUCCCGAAAGACCAGACCAAGCUACAGGAUUUGGAAGAUCAAGUCCGGAGAAAGACUCUUGCUCUACUCUGGGCCUAUCUUACUCGCACCGACCUUGGAGACAAGACCCUCGAAGCAGAGAAAUUCGAGAUCGCUCCUACCGCCGAACAAAUGAAUCAAGCUUUCAUAUCGAUUACACUGGCAUUCGGCUUCACCGCACCACUGAUGUCCACCUACCAUGUCAACCAGUCUCUUGUGCAAGCUGUACCGCCUUCGUCAGCUUCACGCUCACCGUUGCUGCAACUACCACAUUUCACAUCCACAGCCAUCCGCCAAAUUGAGAAUGCCGCCAACACAAACAAGGAGCAUAUGACCAUUCAGUCUUUUAUGGCUCUGCCUGCCGAACAACGACAAGCGCUUGCUCAGGCAGCUGGAAUCACCAACGAUAAGUUGAAAGUUGCUGAAGGUGUUGCGAUGAAGCUGCCAUAUCUUCGCGUUGAAAAGGCAUUCUUUAAGGUGGCUGGCGAGAAGUACAUCAUUCCAUCGUCCCUAGUGCAAAUGGUCAUCAAAGCUCGCUUCAUACCACCCGGCACACCUGCAUCUCGAAUCCCCAAAGUUGAUGAGAAGGACCUUCUAGACAUUGACCCAGCCGAGGGCGACGUCAAAGCUCAAAAGAUUGAGCAAGAGCAGAACCCCGUUCCUCUUGCACAUGCCCCCUUCUUUGCCAAGGAUAGAGCGCCGAAGUGGCACGUCUUUCUGGCGGAUGGCCGGCAAGGCAAGAUUGCCGUUCCGCCAUUCACCUUUGUCACUUUCGACAAGAAGCCGUUCGACGCUGAUGGCAAGCCAACCUAUAUCGGCUUUGACUAUAAGCAAGAUAUCUCGCUCAACGUUGAUGACCCAAGCAAAGCUCAGGAGGUGGACGAUGACGAGAUCAGCGAACCAGAAGAAGACACUAUUGCCGGUCAAAUGGCUGCGCUGCAAGGGAAACCCACCGCUGAUGCAGAUCGUCCGCGCCGCAAUGAGCGCCUGCGGAAGAAGCUAGAAGAAGAUAGCGACUACGAAUCUGGCACCGAUGAUGAGGAUCAGGACUCUGAAAGCGAAACAGACACCGAUACGGACAGCGAGGCUGAAGAUGCCCAGGUCAAGAAGAAGGGCUGGUGGUAGUUUAUAGGCUGUACAUGGUUAUAGUGAAAUAUUCUAGCGAGGCGUUCAGGCGGAGCAUUGUAUUGGCAUGUUUUGUAUCAAACGCCUCGUACUACGUCCUUACCUCUGAUCUAGUGUGGCAGGCAGAGCGUCAUUGACGGCGUCAAACAUCGGAGCGACCACCGCUAGCUUUGAGCUAACAUCUCUCGAUUGCGGAAUAGCUCAAUCAAUCGCCCGUCGAAACGCUUU